CCUGAAAGCUCAUAAUCAAUGAAAACAAGUUAACAAGCGAUUAGAGAUCAAUUGUAUCAGGCAUAAAAACAGAUAAGAUAAGUGCAAUGGCAGCACUGAGAUUAUUGGCCCCCCAGGGACAGCAGUGUACUCAAAUCUUUAGACCACCGUUUAGUGCUAGUAUGUCUUCCAGCUCUGUGCUUAAAAUGUCGACACCGGCUACUGAUGGACCACAACCCAAACUCUACGCCUUUUGGACAAGUUCGUGCUCCUGGCGUGUUCGCAUUGCACUGACCCUCAAAAAUAUCCCCUAUGAAAUCCAAGCAAUCAAUUUAGUCCAGACCGGCGAAGAUCAUGCCUAUACCGACAAGUAUCGUGAAGUGAAUCCCAUGCAGACAGUUCCAUCGCUUCAAAUAGACGGACACUCGUUGUGCGACUCGGUAGCCAUUAUGCACUACCUGGAGGAGACACGUCCUGAGAUCCCAUUGCUGCCACAGGAUGUCAUUAAACGAGCCAAGGUGCGGGAAAUCGUAGAGCUCAUUUGCUCGGCCAUUCAGCCCCUGCAGAAUCGCUUGGUCCUGGAGCAUGUGGGCAAGGAGCAAAGCCUUGUGUGGGCACAGCAUUGGAUAGCUCGAGGCUUUAAGGGUCUAGAUCGAGUGCUCGCCGGAUCCGCUGGGAAGUAUUGUGUGGGCGAUGAGCUAUCCAUGGCGGAUGUAUGCCUCGUGCCGCAAGUUUUCAAUGCCCGAAGAUACAAAGUGGAAUUGACCCCAUACCCGAACAUCGUUCGCUUGGAUCAUGAGCUACAAAGUUUACCAGCCUUCAAAAGCUCCCAUCCUCAUCAACAGCCCGACUGUCCACCAAAAUUUGCUGGCAAAUAGGAAAUAACUACAUAUAAGGAAUAUCCUUGAAAAAUAACAUUCUAUUCGCAUUUAUAUUAAAUAUUUGUUUA